AUGGCCACAUCCCUCCUUCCACAACCCCCAAAAUUCCGACUCAACUCGCUCUUCGUGUCCAAACUUAACGUCUCAAGAGGAAUGCUAUGUGCCAACUUUGACGUAACCUUCACAAUAGAGAACCUUAAUCUGGUUUCAUGGGUGCACUUCAACCGCUUAGAUGGUUCAAUUUUGUACAAAGAUAACGCUAUCCUGACGUACUCGUUGGAGCCAUUUGUACUGGGAUUGAAGCAACAAAGAACCAUGAGCGUAAAGAUAUUGACGACGGGGCUACAAGAUGUUGGUCAACCGAUUGUGAAGGAGGGGGUGUUGGACGAGAUCAAAAGGCAAAGGGAAGACGGGGCUGUGGAUUUAAGCAUGGAAAUGUUUGCUUGGGCGACGUACAAGACCGGUUGGUCGACGCGGUCUGUUAUAAUGAAACCUCAAUGUUUGGAUUUGAGGGUUGGCUUCUUGCCUAAAGUUGGGUUUGGUAGCUGGAUUAGUGGAGGACCUAUGACGUGCUCAGUUCCCAUGCCAAUUGACUAA